AUGACGACUUUAGAAUCUGCAUCCAAGAAGCCUCAAUUCGCGCGUGUUGAAGGCAGUUCGCUUGGGGAUACUCCUGAAGUUGGGCCAACGGGGUCUAGUUUUCCGUCCAUGGACCCCCAACGAGAGGGCAAAUUAAAGUAUCUUAUCCGGAAGACUGGAAAUCUCGUUCCUAGUUUGAAGACCUGCUCGAAAAUCCCGGAAACUUUUGGGACGUUGGCGCGAUCAAGGUCUUUUUCUAUUUUGCAUGAGCAAGGACCCUUGGAAGGUAAUGAUAGCACCAGUCACGAUGCAGUGGACGCUGAAACAUUAAAGGAGCUGCGACGGGGCAUCUAUUUAACCAAAGUGACAAGACGCAAGUGCAUGUGCUACCUGUUUACUGUGCGCCCCGGUCAGUUGAGAUGGAAAGAAACAAAGUUCAUCGAUCUUGAUGCUAUCAAGGAUAUAAGGACAGGCGUUAUGGCUGGGAAUUACAUGGAGGAAUACGACAUUCCGCUUGGUUUGGCGGAUAGAUGGGUCACCAUAAUCUACAAUCAAUCACAAAAACUCAAAGCAUUGCAUCUUUUGGCUGCGAGUCCUGAUAGUUUUGUUAGAUUUUGUAAUGCACUUUAUCAUGAGGUAAACUCACGCAAAGAUUUCAUGGAAAGCAUCGCAUUGCCUUAUAAUGAGCAAUUUGCAAAGCUGCAUUGGCGUGACAAAACUUCAGACAGGGCGCAAAAUGAAGAUACUGAGGUGCUAACGUUUGAGGAUGUCAAAGAACUCUGCUCCAAAUUUAACAUUUUUUGUUCCACAGACCACUUGAAAAGAAUCUUCGACCAAGCAGACGUGAACCACAAUGGACUCUUGAACUUCGGAGAAUUUCAAACGUUUGUGAAAUUACUGAAGAAACGCGAGGAGGUAAGAAGGCUCUGGAAGUCUUUGAUCGGAGAUGAAGAAUUUAUGACGUUUAAGCAGUUCGCACAGUUUUGCCGGGAAGAGCAGAAAGAGGCAAACGACGACCUGGAGUUGCACAGCAUGUUCAAUAAAUAUGCACUUCCGAAUAACAAAAUGGGCGAAAGUGGCUUUUUGAAAUUCUUGACGAAACAGCCUCACUUUGAGCCCACUUAUCAGGACUACGAUCAGCCCUUGACCAACUAUUUCAUAUGCUCCUCCCACAAUACGUACUUGGUGGGGAAGCAAGUUGGAGGCAAUCCCUCGGUUGAAAAUUACAUUUAUGCCCUACAGCACGGAUGCCGAUGUAUAGAGGUCGACGUAUGGGACGGGGAUGACGGGCCCUUAGUGUGCCAUGGAAAACUUACGGGCUCGAUAAAUUUCCGCGAUGUUGCUGAAGUGAUACGCAAAUACGCUUUCAUCACGACUCCGUAUCCACUAAUCGUCUCUCUUGAAAUUCAUUGUAAAAAGGACAAUCAGGAACUGCUACUAUUAUCGAUACAAGAGCUGCUCGGAGACAAAUUGUGGAUCGGCUCCCACAAUGAAGAGUUUCCUUCACCCAACGCUCUCAAACACAAGAUCAUUCUGAAAGUGAAAAAAACCGUGAACUCACAGUCAGGGAACUCUGAUUCGACUCUUGCAAUGUCUUCCUCGACAAGUUCCUCAUAUGACUCCGAACUUGAUACUCAAUCGGGGGCUGGAUUCAGACGUUCAGGUGUUCGAAAACUGAAAGUUCGCAAACGAGUCCGGGUUGUGGACGGACUGUUGGGUAUUUCGCUAGUACAUGGCCUAAAGUUCCGGAAUUUUUCAUUACCAGAGUCCAAGACCGCGACGCACUGUUUCUCAUUCAGUGAGAAAAAGUUCGAUUAUUUGGCCAAGGACCAAUUGCAAAAGCUGACCAUUAACAAACAUAAUAGGAGGUUUAUGAUGCGGGUGUAUCCGCAUGCUUUUCGCUACAACUCGACGAAUUUCGAUCCGAUCCGGUUUUGGAAAAGUGGGGUCCAAAUGGUCGCCACGAAUUGGCAAACUCACGAUAUGGGUCAACGUCUGAACCGAUCUCUGUUUCAGUUGCCCAUGACUCCGGAUGCGCUGUGGUGUUCCGGGUACGUAUUGAAGCCCGAAUACCUUUUGAGAUCCGUGAACAAAGUCAGAGACGUACAAGAAUUGUACAGUCAUGAAAAACCGUACGUCCACGUGAACGUGCAAAUCUUGUCAGCACAAUUGCUGCCCAAACCACGAGACCCUGCUGCACGUCAGUCAGAUUUCAGCCCACAAGUCAGUCUGAUGUUCAUAAGCGAUCCACCCAUUCAGCCCUUGGAUGUGAAAAACGGUAUGUUACUGUCGGACCGAGAAGGUGUCACCUUCCGGUGCCGAGAAAAUGGUUUUAACCCAAUUUGGGAAACUAAUUUCGACCUCGUAGUCACCAACACGGGCUUCAAUUUCCUGGUGUUCACAGUUCGUGCGGGCGACGUCGAUUUGGCCAACUGCUGCCUCAAAUUAGACUACCUGAAACAAGGCUACCGGCAUAUUCCAUUGUACAAUUUGAGCGGCGAUCAGUACAUGUUUUCUACGCUCUUCAUUAGACUACACUACAAGCAGCAUUACUAG